AUGGCUUCUGCAACAACAACAAUAUCAUCAUCAAUUCCAUCAAUUACUUCAUAUCCUGUAAAUCACCCGCGUAGAUUUUCGACAUCUCAAACCAAUUUUCGACGCACUGUUCCGUCAAUCUCCGCCGUUUACACCACCACGAAAACUGAAGUUACUACCACUUCGCUUCAAAAAGCGUCGUUUUAUGAAGUAUUAGGAAUCCAAGCGGGAGCGUCAGGUAAGGAAAUCAAGGCAGCGUAUAGGAAAUUAGCCAGAGUUCUUCACCCAGAUGCAACCGUGGGUUCUAAUGAACAAAAGGACCCGGAUGAGUUUAUUCGGGUCCAUGAAGCGUAUGCGACGUUAUCGGAUCCUAAAAAGAGGGCGGAUUAUGAUAGGAUGAUGUGGGUUAAAGGGCGUCGAUUGAGUUAUUCUCCAACUUAUUGUACAAUGGGUAGUACCAAAUAUACAACCAGUUCUUGUUCGGGUUUUUCGGGAGGUUUAGAGAUGGUAGAAACGUGUAAUUGGUAUGAGGUAUUUAUAAGAAUACAUGAUGAUGUAGAGGACAUCAUAAAGGAUGAUGGAGGAUGUUCGAGGGUAAAACAAAGGUUGAAAAGUCAUAUAAGCCCCUUGACCGAAAGUCAAGGUCAAAUAGAAGUCAAAGUUAGCGGGAAAUGA